AUGGGUGUUGCGGCAUCAACUCUGGGGGAUGUCUACAGCUAUGGAAUUCUUUUGCUAGAGAUGGUCACAAGGAAGAGGCCAACAGAUUAUAUGUUCAUGGAUGAGGUUGAUCUGCACAAUUAUGUUAAUAGAGCCUUGCCUGGACAAGUUUAUGAGAUCGUGGACCCCUUGCUUCUUUCUAAAGCAAGAGAUGAAAACGAAAGAAUGACUCCUGGAGGGGAUAAACUGAGGGUGGAAGAGAGAUCGAGUCUCAUCGAAAUUCCAAAUACCAUGUGGGGAUUUCGCUCAUCGACAUUAGCAAACAUUUUUCUCCUCCUCUCAGUUGCCAUGAACUUUCCAGUAAGCCAUGUUUCAGCUACUAAACAUUUCCAAAAUGAGACAGAUUGCCAUGCCCUGCUUGAGUUCAAGAAUCAGAUACAUGAUGACCCGUUUGGAGUACUGAAAUCCUGGAACCACUCACAGCACCAUUGCCAGUGGGAAGGAGUCGCAUGCAGUGCCCGACAUCAAAGGGUCAUUGCCUUGACUCUGAGGAGUAAGCAGUUGUCUGGAACUAUAUCUCCUCAGGUCGGAAAUCUAAGCUUCAUGAGGUUCAUCCAACUUGGGGAGAAUCAAUUCCAUGGUGGGAUUCCCCAAGAAUUCGGUCGCCUCCUCAGGCUAAGAGUUUUGAACUUGUCAAGUAAUGCACUCGGUGGAAAAAUCCCAGAAAAUCUGAGCUACUGUGCAGAGAUGAUAGCUAUUGACCUAGCCAAUAAUAAGCUAGAAGGGAAGAUUCCAAUUGAUCAGCUAAGCAAUUUGAAGAAGCUUAAAGGAAUAUAUUUCACCAAAAACAAUUUGACGGGAGAGAUUCCCUCUUCCAUUGGGAACUUAUCAUCAUCAUUGAACGCACUCGGCCUUAACUUCAACAAUCUGGAGGGAAGUUUGCCUCUAGAGAUGGGGCUCUUGAAAAGGUUGGUGCAAUUAUUUCUUGCAGCAAAUAAACUAGCAGGUAUUAUCCCUGCCUCUAUCUUUAAUAGUUCAGCCAUUACUUCCAUUUCAGUAACCGACAAUUACUUUCAGGGCAAUCUCCCAAUUAACAUGGGUCUCACCCUACCAAAUCUGAAACUAUUAGCUGCUGCGGAAAACAAUUUCUCUGGAAACUUUCCCACUUCAAUCACCAAUGCUUCUGGGCUUGAGAUACUUGAUCUUUCCCAGAAUAAAGUUGCAGGGCAAGUUCCAGCUAAUUUAGGAGAUCUGACAAAUCUUCAAUUAUUAAAUCUUGCUGUUAAUUUCUUUGGGAAUAAUUCUACCGGAGACUUGGACUUCAUUGCAUCAGUGACCAACUGCAGCAAUCUAAGAAUUCUUUCCUUGAGUUACAAUAAUUUUGGAGGCAAUAUACCUAGAGUCGUGGCCAAUCUCUCAAAUCAACUCACUGCAUUGUACUUGGGAGGAAAUCAACUGUCAGGAACUAUUCCAGAAGGGGCAAAUAAUCUCUACCCUAUGUAA